UUGGGGAAGUCAGAGACAGAAAAAAAAGGCACCUGAAAGCCCUGGGAAGGAGCAGCAAAACCUUCUGUCAAGCUCCCCUUUCUCUGCUAUGCUCCAACUACUCCCCAGCUAAGGGUGUGCUGGUGCACAGCAGCUCUUGCAGCCCUGGCUGCACAUACCUGUGUGCAGUGACCCAGGUGAGAUCCUUCCCCACAGCAGGAAGAGAGUGCCACGUCCUGCUCAGCCACCCCUCCCCACUGGUGUGACAGUGCAUGGCAUGGCCAGUGGCUGGGGCCUGGGGCAGGGACAUGGACACCAGCCCAGGCACCUGGAAUGCAUCCUCUGGGCGUGCAGGCACCGGCAGCGGGUCCCUGUCUGGCCCCUGGUACAGCGCACACAAGACUCAGCUCUUGGGAGUUUUACUUGCUGCUGCUUCAAAUUUUCUGAUCAGUGUCUCUUUGAAUAUACAGGUAGUGCAUUUAUUUCUGUCUUUUUCCUAAAGAGGACCAUGAGGACUGCUGAUAUAUUGGGAGGAACACUGACAAUAACAGGGAUAUACCUGUUGGUGGCAUUCACUCCAAAUGUACCUCAAGAGCUCACAGCAAGACAAGUGCAGAAUUACUUAGUGAGCUGGCCUUUUUUGGGAUAUUCUAUUGUAGAAAUUAUAAUAUUCUGCAUUCUCCUCUAUUUUUACAAAAGAAAGGCUGUGAAACACAUCAUGGUUUUGUUAAUGAUGGUAGCUCUACUGGCAUCACUGACUGUCAUUGCUGUUAAGGCUGUGUCCAGCAUGAUAGCACUUUCUGUGAUGGGGAAAAUGCAGCUAACUUGCUCCAUUUUCUAUAUCAUGAGUGUUUUAAUGGCAACUUCUUGUGCUUUCCAAAUCAAGUUCUUGAAUCAAGCAGUGCAUCUGUAUGAAGCAAUAGCAGUUGUCCCCAUUAAUUUUGUGUUCUUCACCACCAGUGCCAUCAUUUCAGGGGUCAUAUUUUAUCGGGAAUUCCAAAGUGCAACUUUACUGAGUGUGUUCAUGUUUCUGUUUGGGUGUCUCCUGUCUUUCCUUGGUGUGAUUAUAAUUGCAAGAAAUAAAAAAGAAGAACAUUUACAAAUUCCUUUUAUUGACUGUGGACAUAUUCCUGGACAAAAACUGACAGGCAAAAUACAACCAGAUUCUCACAGUUCAUGCUAUGGCACACUGAAUAAGGAAGAUGACUCAGUGAAAAGGCAAAGCUGAAAGAAGAAGCACUUUGCAUGCCAAGUAACAGGAGGAACACCACUGGAACAAGGAUCAGUAGCACCUUUUUAUUGAACAUAUUCAAGUAUACAUUGAACUCCUGUAUGUACAUGAGUCAUAGUAUUAUUUAACCCUAAUUAAUUUAUCCCAUGAUUGUACCAAAUGUGUUUUAAAGAUAAAGGAAGCCUUAACAAAAAACAAAUAAUGAAGUGGAA